CAAUUCGAUGCCAUCACGCCGGAAAUUCUGCAUCCAUCCGCUCACCGCGUAAUCCUCAUGGCUGACGUCACCAAUACCACCCGGGACACCGUCAUUGCCGCCGCUUCCGUCAUCUUCUCCGCCGAAUCCAGACCACAACCUCCCUCUCUUCCGAUGCACUUUGCAUUGAAGGCGUCAAUCAUUACCUUUUACUGAUGAUUGCUGACGUUUGUUCCUCCCAUAUGCUGUCAAAAAGUCAGUAUACAGAUGUGGGUUUGGCUGUUUGGGAUGCUUAUUGAUCCUUGGUUACUGAUUCAAAGUGCUACAAUAUACUACUAUUCAGUAUCUUUGAUGUUGUAAAUGGGAAUCAUUCUGCUGCUUCCCCUACAACGGGUAUGGUGAUAACAUAAGCCUGAACAAGAGGCACCAUGUAGUUGCAGUAGUAAAUUGUUGAAGGCAACAAGUUAUAGAUUCCUGAAGUAAAAAACGCUGGGGAAGCUGUUGGAGCUCAUAUUGGUGUUUUGGAUCUCAUAAAACCAGCAAGAAAAUUGGCCAUGCUGUCAAUGUUCCUGAACCUGUUGCACCAUCAGGACAAGCUGCUCCUACUGCACCAAAUUCUUCAACUGCCGUAGUAAUGCCAUUUGCUGUGCCUCCCUCUUCUCCUGCAUCUGUUUUCCAAUCCAAUCCUUCAUCUGCUAUUCAGUCACCAGCUGGGCCGCUCUCACUCUCCUCUCUAUCUGCAAAUGCAUUUUCUUCUGGUGGACCUGCAUCUAUCUUUACCAUUGGUCCUUAUGCCUAUGAGACCCAGUUAGUCUCACCACCUGUGUUUUCUAACUUCACAACUGAACCAUCUACUGCUUCUUUUACUCCACCUCCUGAAUCUGUGCAUCAGACAACACCAUCAUCCCCUGAGGUUCCAUUUGCUCAAUUGGUGGCAUCUUCUCUAGACCUGGCUCAUAAAAACAGUGGUAGAAAUCACAAGUUUGCAUUGUUCAACUAUGAUUAUCAUUCUUAUCAGCAAUAUCCUGGAAGCCCAGGUGGUCAACUCAUCUCACCUGGAUCAGUGAUUUCAACUUCUGGCAGCUCUACCCCUUUCCCUGAUAGACACCCAAUUCUCGAGUUCCAUAAAGAGGAAUCAUCAAAGUUCUUGAGUUCUGAACACUUCACAGGUCGUAAAUGGAGUUCGAGACUUGGAUCUGGAUCCUUGACACCAGAUGGUGCCGGGCAGAGUUCAAGACUAGGUUCAGGAUCUGCGACACCAGAUGUUGCAGGGCAUGGUUCAAGACUAGGUUCGGGAUCUUUGACACCAAAUGUUACAGGACAUGGUUCAAGACUAGAUUCACAGCUUGGCUCUGGGUGUUUGACACCUGAUGGGACGGGUUCAAAUUCAAGGUUGAGUUCUGGCUCUCUGACACCUGUUCAGCUAGCUUCACAGCAGAUUUCUGAGGCAUCAUCCCUUGCUAACUCAGGGAAUGGGUGCCAAACUAAUCCAGCAAUUGUUGAUCAUAGAGUUUCAUUUGAAUUUACUGGGGAAGAUGUUGCACGUUGUCUUGCAAAUAAAGCAGGAUCAUUGCUGCGAAACACAUCACAGUCUUCGCCAGGUAUAGUGAGUGAGCACCCUGUUGACAAAGAAAGGAUGCAAAUAGACUCCAAUACUUGUGCUUUAUGUUCAGGGAAACCUUCAGAUGAUCAGACAGUCAAUGCUCCGGGAGAAGGAGAGGAGCGUCGCUGUGAAAAGCAUAACUCCUCUAAUUCUUCCAAAGAGUUCAAUUUUGACAGCAGAAAAGGUGUUACUGAUGUUGUUGCCAGUGGCUCUGAUUGGUGGACUAACAAGAAGGUUGCUGGAAAGGAAGGUAGAUCAAGCAACAGUUGGGCUUUCUUUCCAAUGCUGCAGCCAGAAAACAACUGAAGAAGCUGUUUUGGAAGCAGUUCUCGUGCAUUUGAGGAAAUAGUGCUAAAUGAAUGGUUAUUAUAUUUCUCUACGGAGUUAGAACCAAAAGUAGAAUACUAGGGGAGAAUGAAUAGUUGGUAGGGGGACCAGUAGAAUGGAUUCUAAAUUUGGAUAGACCUUUUACUUUCUUUGCAAGUAUACAGAAAUAGCAAGGUACAGGUAUUCGUAUUAUGGAUUCAAAGAUUAUUGUAUCAUCACAUGUGCAAUAAUGAGCAAACUCUUCUUUUGUAUAUUUUCUUUUUUCUUUCUUCUUUUGCUGGCACUUGUUUCUGGGAAACCUGUAUUUUGGGUUCUUACGUUGUUAUGAAUAAAAAUAAUUGGUAUUUUA